CUCGGUCUUAGACCAGAAUCCUUACACUUGUCCUCUCACGGCAAUUAUUGCUAUUUUGGACUCCGAAAAGCUUCAUUUUUGUCGACUACUAACUUCAUACUUCUGCGCCAAUGUCUUUGGCUUCGGGUCCUGGCAGGGCCGCUGGGACAUCUGUCGAUCUGAAGCUAUGCGUCGAGAAACAUAUUGACUAUAUCAAGAAACUGGAUAGCCGAAAAGAUGAGCUGGAAUACUGGCUCACAGAGCACCUGCGACUUAAUGGAGUCUACUGGGGCUUGACGGCUUUGCAUCUCCUUGGAUGUCCUGAUGGCUUGCCGCGCGACAAUGCUGUCGACUUUGUCCUCUCGUGCCAGCAAGAGAAUGGUGGCUUCGGCGCUGCACCGGGCCAUGAUGCGCAUCUUCUGUAUACAGUCUCUGCGGUGCAGAUUCUGGUGACUUUGGAUGCUGUUGACGAGUUGGAGAAGCGCGGAUUGGGCGGCAAGCUGAAAGUCGGUUCCUUCAUCGCAGGGCUGCAGGACAAGGAGACUGGCUCUUUCAUGGGCGACGAGUGGGGCGAGUUGGAUACAAGGUUUCUUUAUGGGGCGCUCAACGCCUUGUCUCUCCUGGGACUAUUAGACUUGGUAGAUGUCGCCAAGGCUGUCUCGUAUGUCCAGCGAUGCGAGAAUCUUGAUGGAGGGUACGGAGUCACCCCCGGUGCGGAAUCGCACGCCGGUCAAGUCUUUACCUGCGUAGGAGCACUGGCCAUCGCUGGGCGGUUGGACCUAGUCGACAAAGACCGGCUGGGAGGUUGGCUUAGCGAGCGACAGCUCGACCAUGGCGGACUCAAUGGACGGCCGGAGAAACUCGCAGAUGCUUGUUACAGCUGGUGGGUUGGGGCGAGCUUGGCCAUGAUUGGCAAGCUCAACUGGAUUGACGGGUCCAAGCUCGCUGCCUAUAUUUUGCGCUGUCAGGAUCCAGAGGCUGGUGGCUUUGCUGAUCGUCCUGGCAAUGCCGUUGACGUCUUUCAUACGCAUUUCGCGAUUGCCGGCUUGAGCCUUCUGGGGUACGAGGGCGUUGAGGAAGUAGACCCUGUCUAUUGUAUGCCUAAAUCAAUUACAAGCAAGAUUUUGUCUGCGUAGCAUGAUUUCCUAUCCUUGGCGUUGUCCUUCGGGCGAAUUGUCCGUGCUUACCUCCUGCAAUCUAAUAACCCAUAUCUCUUUUUUGUGGUUUAUGGGAUACAAUGCGGGAGAAGAUUGGAAGUCAGGCACUGUGACUUAUUUCCGCUUCACCCCUCUACAAUGGCCUGACCGUCGGCCGUUAAGACACAGUGGCACAAUUAUGAAAUACUUGUCUUCUGUAAUAACAAUAUCUACUUUUUGUCGAUUGG